CUCGCGAGCAUUAGGUGACUGGCUGAGGCGACGCCAGUUGGCCGGGCACAGGCUUGCUGUGAGGCCGAGGUUGCGGCGGAAGCAGAGAACAUGUUCCGAGCUGCGGCUCCGGGGCAGCUCCGACGGGCGGUGGCACAAGAUCUCUGUAAAGUAGCAGGCAUAGCAAAAGUUCUGGUGGCUCAGCAUGAUGCGUACAGAGGCCUACUUGCAGAGGAACUGACACCAUUGAUUUUGGCAACUCAGAAACAGUUCAAUUACACACACAUCUGUGCUGGAGCAUCUGCCUUCGGAAAGAACCUUUUGCCCAGAGUAGCAGCCAAACUUGAGGUUGCCCCAAUUUCUGACAUCAUUGCAAUCAAGACACCUGACACAUUUGUGAGAACUAUUUAUGCAGGAAAUGCUGUAUGUACAGUGAAGUGUGAUGAGAAAGUGAAAGUGUUUUCUGUCCGUGGAACAUCUUUUGAAGCUGCAGCAACAAGUGGCGGUACUGCCAGUUCAGAAAAAGCAUCAAGUACUUCACCAGUGGAAAUAUCAGAGUGGCUUGACCAGAAAUUAACAAAAAGUGAUCGACCAGAGCUAACAGGUGCCAAAGUGGUGGUAUCUGGUGGUCGAGGCUUGAAGAGUGGCGAGAACUUUAAGUUGUUGUAUGACUUAGCAGAUCAACUACAUGCUGCAGUUGGUGCUUCCCGUGCUGCUGUUGAUGCUGGCUUUGUUCCCAAUGACAUGCAAGUUGGACAGACAGGAAAAAUAGUAGCACCGGAACUUUAUAUUGCUGUUGGAAUAUCUGGAGCCAUCCAACAUUUAGCUGGGAUGAAAGACAGCAAGACAAUUGUGGCUAUUAAUAAAGACCCAGAAGCUCCAAUUUUCCAAGUGGCAGAUUAUGGAAUAGUUGCAGAUUUAUUUAAGGUAGUUCCUGAAAUGACUGAGAUAUUGAAGAAAAAAUGAAUCAGGAUCAUGCCUUAAAAAGAAAAAUUAUGUUAAAGUAUUCCACUGAAAUCACAGAUAUUUGUGGGUACUAUAACAAUCAUUGGAAAGCAUGGAGGGCUACGUUUCAUAAUUUGAGGAAAAUUUUCUGACAGAUGCCAGAAUGCUUGUUUAUGGGAUUACUAUGUUUCCUUUUAAUUAUUUGUGGUUCCAAGCAGUUAUUUUUUGAAAUUUUUAAAUUCUGUAAUAAAAUCUAUAAUAAAACUUUUCCACAGCUUUAAAACUAUCAGAAAUAUGCCUAGCCUCUAGAGAAAAUUGAAGAAAAGGAGUAAAAAAAUUUUGUUUAUUUAUUUAUUAUUUUUGCCUUUCUUGUUCAUGGAGAGCUCUAUAUUUUAGGAAGAUUGUAAACAUGAUUGUCUCCACCAGCCUAAUCAACCUAACUAAUCUCAUUGUUGAAGGGCAAACCUCAUAGGAGAAGGUAACUGAAUUGGCAAGUACAGAGUUUAAAAGCAUGGCUAUAAAGCACGAAUAUUAUCUUAAACAUACUCCAGUCUUCAGAAAACCAUAACUAAUGUGACAGAAGCAGACCUGACUAAAACCUGACCCAGCUCCAUGUAUUUAGUUGGCUUAAGGUAAAUUUCAUUUUCCAUUUCAUUUUAAGGUUUUGUCAGUUUAUAGGACUUUUUUGUCUGUAAAGGAGGGAGAGUGGAGGAGGGGCUGCUUUGAGACAGCAUGGCCUCUGAUGCAAACAGAUAGUUUGAUGUUAUUAUAAACGUUCAAAAUUCUGUGCAGAACAGAAUGCUCUGUGCUUUCUUUUGCCUUCUGUUGGCUGCUUUUGGGCCCUCUUAGGAAGCACCCAGGCCUGUGUAGUCACCUCUGGCACUCUCAUUCUGCUGCCCAGGGCACAGCUGAGGUCCAAGAGUGUCACCAGGGCUGCAGCUGGUGUGGAUGCAGGCCCAAGAGCAGAGGCUGGUGAGGCUUUGAACAGGCCUGCAGGAAGGCGUGGGUAGGUAGGUGAGUAGAACAAAGAGGGCUGCCCUCCUGAAUCAGAUCUGCAGAAGUGGAAGUAGUGACCUGGAUCAAGCAGACAGUAGGGAAGAGAAGGGAAGUGGUAAGUGAUGGAGGUGGCUAGAGUGCCUUUGUGUGGCCAGCCUGGGGCCCUUCCCCAGCUGACCAGUGAACCCUUUCUGAUUUGUGUCACAAUCAGUUGCUAUAAAACACUUUUAAAAGU